AUGGAGCAUCCAAGAACGCAGUCGGUGGCGGCAGCGGCGGCCGCUGCCGCCGCCACAACGGGCGCCGCCGCUUCCAGUGGAGCAGCCGGGAAAGGGCCGGCCACUACAGGUAGCAGUAAUCCGGGUGGAGGCCCAGGUGCUAGUGGUAGUGGUACUAGUGGUAAUGGUAGUGGCAACGCUGGUGGCGCUGGUGAUGGCAAUAGCGGAGGUGCGAGUAGUGGCGGCGCUGGUGCCUCUGGCGCUGGUGGGAACGGCUCAGCGAACAACAGGAGAAGUAAUAAUACCACGUUAUCGAAGCAGACGAGUAUAUCCCUCGGCGUGUCCUCUUCCUCUUCGUCUUCGUCGUCGUCGUCGAUAUCGCCGUCGGCAGCCACAGUAACACGGGGUGCGCAUCACCUGCAGCCACAAGAUCAAGAGGAUAGUAUGGAUCUGGACGAGGAUCCCAUCCUGCCGGAAAAUAUAAACAUGAGAGACUACACGGAAAUACUGCGGAGAAACAAUUUUUUGAACAGUACAGGCACUAUAACUCCAUCCAUCAAUAAUCAAAACACUGCCGAGAACAGCAAGAAUAACAACAUUGGUGGUGGUAGCAGCAGCAGCAGUAGUGGAGGCCCAAGUACGGACAAUCCGACAAGUGGUGAUGAUGACGAGGAUGAGUCAGCUGGUGCAAUGGAUCACAAUUAUGGCGAAGUCGCAGUACCGUUACCCUUACAAGCAUCGUCAACGGCGGGACCACAGCCGAAUACCAUAUUUAAACCAUUUGAUUCAAAGACAGGACGGUUUCUAAGGGGCAGUCAGAAUACAACAACUGGUGCUGCUGCUGCUGCUGCUGCUUCAGCGGUACAUACAGAUAACCAAGGGUUCAACGCUCCAGUGGGGGGCGCGGCAGCAGUGGUCGCAGACUAUACGGUAAGGGAAAUGUCACCAGCCUCCGCCAUGCUGCUCUCAAGGAUAAGGGCAAGAUCACACUCUGUGCCUACAAUCCUGCAUUCGUCGUUACGAAGGCUGACGGCCAGCAAUAACGUAUUUUACAACAGAAACCAGGGGAACCUUGCCACUGUCUCUGACACUAAUAACAACAAUAGCAACAGUCACGCAACUAACAUCAAUAUUCCAAACGUCCAUGCAUCUAAUAACAACCCUUACAGCGUCAUGAAAAAGAAGUCACCCAGGAGUCACCACCAGCACCACUACCACCAGAAGGACAAACACAACCAACAACUGCAUCAUCACCUAUACUUACUGCCUUCGAACACCGGUAUCAACUCUUCUUCCGUCGCCGCCUCAAACCAGGCAUCAGACCCGGCAUACUCACAACCUUCAUCGUCAUCAUCGUCUGGCGUCUCGUCAAACGACUUCUCCGGUCUCAAUAAUAAUACCACCGGGACCACGUCGUCAUCCUCAUCCUCAUUGAAACAGGCAAUAUCCUUCGCGGAACAAGUGAUAAACACUUCAAACAAUAUAAGCUUCGUCAGGGGCAAACCGAAGAGAAACCAGGCGGUCGUCCUACAGGACAGAAUCAACUACAUGAAACUCGACAACGGGCCCAUGCCCCUGCCACCAAUAAACCUACAGUGCCUCAAAGAGAUAGACCUUCAAGAGAUCGUCAAGAACCCGCAACUGAGACACGACAUCAUAUUCGACCCUUUGCUUCAGUUUAGACCGAACUUGGAUGGCGAGCGCGGGAUUAAGAAGAGACACUUCACGGAUAGGUAUUGGAACGACGUCGAAAACGAGAUCAUCGUGUACUUGGAGAGACCAGACCUGUUCCAAUACAGGAAGACAAGACUCGUGCCGAUGUUCGACACGCUGAGAGAGGUUCUGCUGACCAUAGUGCCCCAGAAGGAGUUCUACCAGAUCAUGAACGUGCUGGACACAGAACUGAACGUCCAGGAACUGAUCAAGGGGUCUUCCAGUAUGUCCACAUUGGCAGAGUGGCUCGCUAAUCUGUUCAAGCACCACUGUGCCCCCAUGAGGGACGCCUGGGUCGACAAAAUGAGCCUCAAGUUCAGAGAGGCAGAGGCGGAGAAGUCGCUGUCGAAGCUGAUAGACGGACUGAAGUUGGUCUUCCAGAUCUUAGAGGCCAUGAAGUUGGACAUUGCGAACCACCAGAUCAGACUGUUGAGACCAGCACUGCUGAGCAACGCGGUCGAGUUUGAAAAACAGUACUUCAACUCGCUGAUGUCCUCGAAAAAACCCAUACUGAAGUCAUCGCUGACCUGGUUCAAUUCCAAGUUCGACGAGUACAUCUCCUCGGGUCAAGUCACAGUUGCGGACAAAAACAACAUUUCGAUACCAGAGGUUUACAAAGUAGACCUGAGAUCCGUGAUAAGUCUACUCUCCUGCCGCAAGAUGGUCAGGGAGUACCCAACAUCCCUGUCAUUCGACCACGCAAGGCUGAUUUUAUUGAGAGCAGACAUCCGUCAGCUAGUUUGUCUACUGGUCUGUCGUCUCCUGUUCCAGCAACUAAUCGCGAACGACAAAAAUCUGGACGCUGCAACGAAGGCGUACAUCAAUUCAACGUACAGCAACAAGAGGCUGAAGACGGAGAUUGUCAGCAUUAUAACGGACGAGCACGGCAACUGCAGAUGGACCAAAAACACUCUGUCCAUUGCGGUGUACCUGUGUAAAGUUAUCAACGAUUUGAAAGUGGACUACGAAAACAAGAAAACGGUACCUGGAGGAGAGACGAAAACAGAGGAUAAAUCCCGACUCACGUCGUUGCCCGCGUUGGAUAACCAAAAGAUCGCGUUUGCCAAAUCGUGGCUAUCCAAGCAGACACAGCCGCUGAGCGACGUUUACGGUGUCUUGGAGAACAGAUUGUUCAAGACUCUGGAGGACGGUAUCUUCAACAGGUCCGCGUGCACCGUUGACGGCCGCGUGAAACAGGAUUUCGUCUACCUCUACAGCAACAGCAACGGGACAGGUAGCACGGGGAAGAACGCCGGGACCGUCGACGCGAAGGAACCAGGGAAACUUCCAGCGUUCAAAUACGAUGAUGGUACGGCCGGCUCGGGAAACAACAGGAACACCGGUGUGUUUGCGUUCACCGAGAUGGAGGAAUUCGAAAACAUUUACCGCCACCUGUAUACGUGCAUCAACUUGCAUUGGUCCGUAUUCGGGGGACAUUACAUAGAAUCAUUGGGAGACAAACUACAUGGCGGAUAG